AUGAAAACAAAGUCAAAACUCCACAAAACUUCGCGGAAAAAAGAACGAAAACACCGUAACGACACCAAUGCAAUCAAUACCCUUGUCUCUCUUCUCUCUCUCUCCUCCUCCUUGUCUCUCUCUGACGAUUUAACAAGAGCAGCGCAGACUCUAGGGUUUGUCUACAGUGAAAUCUCUUUGCUUCUCUCGACUAAUCCCCAACUUCUGGUAAGCCAAAAAAAAAGAAGACUAAGAAAAGCAAUAACCUUUGGAGCAAUGGCUACUGAGAAUCCUAUAAGAAUGUCUGGUAACAACGAGAGGUGGUCUAAUUCUAAGCCAGUUUCUGUUCCUAACCGAAGUGGAAGUGCGCCUCCGAGCAUGGAAGGAUCUUUUCUAGCUGUUGAUAGUCUCCUGUCACGACAGGGCAGCUCAGGUUGUAAUAACUCGAAGCCACUGACCACUCAUCCUAAUAAACACAAGCUGACCCGCUCACCUUCACCACCUAUUUAUUACCCUAUCAUUAGAAGUAACCAGGGACUGAAUAGAGUUGAUUCUCCCAUUCAUUUGUCCCAAGGAACACUUUCUACUCACAAGGAAGUGUCUGAGGAUGAAAGCUCUCAACAGCAAUCUGUUAAUAGUGUUUCAGAUAGGACUAAUGGUGUGGAUGGUAGGCAGGAUGAUAGUUCCUCUGGUUUAACCCCUCAACAUAGUCGGUCUAACUCUUCAAAUGGUGAAAUGAACACAAAAGAUGAGAGUGGUAACUUCUCAGAGAUCUCAGAUGAUGCUGCUUCAGUGAUUAGAGCUUCAAUUGGCAUUGAGAAGAGUUCUGAUGAGUCAACUAUCAUCUCUAAGAUGAAGAGUACUAACAUAUCUGGGCCAGGGACAGCUAAACACCCUCGGGAACCAAGGAAUGUAAGGCCAGAAAGGCAGAUGUAUCAGCAACAAAAUAAUGUAACAUGGGUUCAAAGUGGCGGCAACAUGAAUUAUCACAAUGUUAACGGGACCGGGCAGUUUCAUUAUGGAGCACCUUACAAGUUUUCGGGUGAUGGUCAGCAUGUGCUUCAGUCUUCAGGCUUUACUCAGCCUCAGCCUCAGCCUUACGCUGCUACGCAAACGGCUUAUGUGACUUCACCAGGUCAAGUCUAUAACAUGCAGUCUCCUGCUGUUUACUCUCCACAGUAUGGCUAUGGACCAUACACUAACAUGAUCCCACACCCACAGUUUAUACCUGGAUACCCUUCCCAUGGCUCUGUCGGUCCAGAAUUUAUUCCUCAGUUACAUGGGAAUGUAGUCCACAGAGGUGAAGUGCAGUAUGCUGAGAGUUUCUAUGCUCCACCAGGUCAUCAACCUUCUUUUCCAGAUCCUAUGUAUAUGCAUCACAGUCAACAGCCAUUCGGGCAUAUGAAUGCUCCUAGGGGGAACCAUAAGAAUGCUCAUGAGCCUCAGAAAGAUGAGCAGAAGCAAAUAAGAGGACCAAAUAACUAUAGUGUGGGUAGAAUGGGUCUUAAUUAUUAUGGAGUCCAGCCAAAUAUGGUGCAAUAUCUGCCUACUGCCCCUCUUUCACCGGGCUAUGUUCCCUAUGUAGAGGCAUACCCUGGAUGGCAGCAGCCUCAGGGAAGCUUGGAAGGUACCAAUGGUCCGAGAUUGUGCAACUUUCUUGAAGAUCUGAAGUCUGGAAAAGGCAGGAGGUUUGGUUUAUCAGACAUCACAGGACACAUUGUUGAGUUCAGUGCGGAUCAGCAUGGGAGCCGAUUCAUUCAGCAAAAGAUUGAGAACUGUAAACCAGAAGAGAAAGAAGCUGUGUUCAGGGAACUACUUCCUCAUGCUUGCAAACUAAUGACAGAUGUGUUUGGCAAUUAUGUCAUUCAAAAGUUUUUCGAGUACGGAAACACAUCACAGAGAAAGGAACUCGCUGAUCAGCUCAUGGGACAGAUAGUACCACUUAGUAUGCAGAUGUAUGGCUGUCGCGUGAUACAAAAGGCUCUUGAUGUCAUAGAACCUGAUCAGAGAGUUCGUUUAGCACGUGAGCUUGACGGAGAGGUCAUGAGAUGUGUUAGAGACCAAAAUGGAAACCAUGUGAUCCAGAAAUGCAUUGAGAGUAUCCCUGCAGACAGAGUUGGUUUCAUGUUAUCUGCGUUCCGUGGUCAAGUUACCUCUCUCUCUAUGCAUCCUUAUGGCUGCCGUGUCAUACAGAGGCUUAUGGAGCGUUGCUCAAAUGAGCAUCAGUGUCAGUUCAUCACCGAGGAGAUACUUGAAUCAGCACGUGUCCUUUCCAAGGAUCAAUAUGGCAAUUAUGUCAUACAGCAUGUCUUGGAGAAAGGGACAUCUGAAGAACGAGAGAGGAUCGUGAGGAAACUAUCAGGGCACAUAGUCCAGCUUAGCUUACAUAAAUUUGCAUCAAAUGUUAUAGAGAAGUGUCUAGAGCAUGGUGGCAGAAUCGAGCGAGACCUCAUCAUCAAAGAGAUUGCAGGGCCUGAUGAGAGUUAUGAUAGUCUAUUGAUGAUGAUGAAGGAUCAGUAUGGGAACUAUGUGGUGCAGAAGAUAUUCGAGACGUGUAGUGCUGAUCAGCGUGUGGUAUUGGUUAGCAGAGUCAGAAUGCACGCUUCUGCUUUGAAGAAGUACACUUAUGGGAAACAUAUUGUCACUCGUUUGGAACAGCCUUUUGGUGAAGCAGAAAGGCGAGAAUCGAGGCGAUGAGUGGCUCUUGUGAAAAUGGCUGACUCAGAUUUAGUCGAUACAAUUAGCUUUUUCAUGGAAGCUGUGAGAUUCAUUGCAAAGGUUUACUUCACAAAACAUUGUGGGAAAGUAAAUGACUGUGAAGAAUGUUGUUGUACUUUGGAGUUUGAUCAUAUAGCCGUUGUGGUGAUUGUGUGGCCAUGUUCGUAAAUAUUUGAUAAGUGUAUCAGUAGUGUACUCGUAUUUUUAACUGGUUUGUGGAUUCUUUAAAGACAAUUCUAAACUUUUCUGGACA